AUAGAUAAUAAAUUACAGUUUGACCAACAAAAGCUAGCUUCACAGCCGGCCAUUGACUUUGAUUCAGCGCACCCCCAUUUGGUCAACGCACACAUUUGACUUCCACUAUUAGCAUAUUUAUAUAUAUAACGCUCGAUUAUUCAGUAAAGUAUACGCUACAAUGCCUUCAUCUUCCUCGACCAGAGCUCUUCAAUCCCCGAGCGCACACCUACUGAAACUCUCCGAGAACUCAUGGAAGACAAGAAAGGCUACUGUCGGCCAACAGAAUCCGGUCAUCGUCUACCUUCAACCUCCCAAAGUCAUUUUUGCAGACCCCAAGAACUUCAGGAGUUUGGUGCAGAAGCUCACCGGGAAAGACUCCGUCGAUUCUCCGGCAUCGACUGAUGAGAGCUCCGGGGAGGAUUCCGAGAAGCCGUUGAAGUUGUUGAGAGGAAAUGAAGGGUGGAGAUCUUUUGGAGACUUGUUGGAGAUGGAAGAUGCUUUGCUUCUUAGACUUGGCAAGAGCUAGCUAAGCCUUUAUGUGGCAGCUUAAUUGCAAAUAGUUUAAGUUGCUCUUUAUUUUAGUGGCAUAUGCUUGAAAAAUGUAUUUUUUAUGGUGAAUAAUAUGCUGUUUCAAGUUAUAUAAAUGAUGU